UUCAAAUACAAAUAUAUUUUUGGAGUGAAAAGAUGAGUGCCCCGGAGUGUCCUCCGGCAUUUGUGUGCAAUGUGCAGCUAAAUGUGGAUGCCGCAGAGCGGCCCAAGCAGCCGGCGGGCUGUGCCCCAGCCUACGAUGCGAACAGCACCGAGUCGGAGCACACGGAGGAGUGUUGUGUGGAGCUGGAGAAUGUCACCGUGAAGUUUCACAUCUCCGAUACGGAUAUUGUGGCUCAGGUCUAUCCCAACUGCAUGACCCUGGCCGAGGUGAAGCAGGACAUAUCGCGCAAGUUCGAGGUGGAGCCACAGCUGCUGGUGCUCAGGCAGGACAAUCGUCCACUGUGCGACUCCCUGCCCAUCAAUGCCACCAAGUUCGAUGAGUUCGGGAUACACGAAUUCCAGCUGGAGCUUCGCGUGCCCAAGGACAUCGGGAAAGAACCAGUUCCCAAGCUAGAUCUGGAUGUCUACUACGACAAGCACCGCCUGGCGGACUUCAUCACUGUCCACAUCCCUGGCGAGGACACGGAGGAUGGUCAGCCCAAAAACGUGGUGGUGGAGAUUGUGAAUGCUGCCAUCGUGAAGCCCUUUCUGUGUGGCUACAGGGACAGGGCCAGCGGCAAAGAGUAUCUCGAUGCCUUCUCCCAGACGGGGCCCUACUUUGACAGAUGGAAGGCCAGGCGCUAUUACUCCAGGGAUACCCAGACUUGGGAGCCCAAAGAAAAGACUCUGAACACAGCCCAUGAGCAGUCGGUGCAGUGCCAUCUCGAUGGCAUCAAUGUGCUGUACGUGUCGGCGGCCAACGAUUUCGUCAUCGUUCCGGGCAAAUACCAGACCUUUGCCCAGAAGGAACGUGCGGAACGGAAGCUGGAGAAGAUCCAGCUCAUACAGCGCAACUGGCGGCGUUGGAUCCUGUGGAAGUACAUCCACAUUCGCGCCAAGGAGUAUCGUCGCUUGGUGCGCAAUCGCGAGGAGGAGGAAGAUCGUUACGAAAAGUGCGUGGAGCAGCGCGUGGAUCGGCAGCUGGCGAUCAAGCAGUUUCCCCGCUCCAAGGAUGACUUUGAUCUCCUGUACGCCGAAAUUUGUGUCUGGAAGCGGGCCGAACUGAAGCGGAUUGCAGCCAACUAUGAGGGUCCCGCCCGCAUCUCCGAGGUGAACAUUCUCCUGGACAAGGAGAUCCAACUGCUGAAUGGAGUGGAACGGCAGCGUCGUCUCGUCUGCAAAGCCAUGGAGGACUUUCGCAAGGAUCAGCUGCUCAAGAAGAUGGGCAAACCAAUCGAAUGGAUUGGCUACAAGGAUUGCAAGAUCCACAUGGACUUGCUGAGCACGCAGCGCGUUCGCUUCCUCACCGAAGUCUACAAGGAUCUGCGAGUGCCAGUGUCAAGAGAUGUGCGCCUGACCCUCAUACGCCGUGUCAUGGAGAUACUCAUGGAGGAGACUUGCUUUCCCGACUUUCCAGAGCUCUUUGAUCUGUUUGAGCGGGAGAAAAAUUUGCUGCUCUACGCCACGUCAAGCGAUGUGCAAAUUCUGCGCAAGCGCCAGAACAUUCUCUUCUUCGAGCUGAUCAAGUUCCAGAAGAGCGAGCGGAACAAAAGGGCUCCCUCUCGCAUGUGCAUCGUGUGCAAGAAGGUCAAGGAAUACAAGGAGUUUGCCAUACGCACGCGCCAGAGUCAUGUGGAUACCUGCAAGAGUUGCUACUACCUGAAGUUAACGGCCACAGAGAACACGGUGUACCAAUCCAUACUGAGGUGCGUGCAACGCGAUGAGCGCAAGCGAAAGUGCACCACAUCCUUUGCCUUUGUGAUGCAGUCGGACGAUGUGCGCCACAUCAUUGACAAGAUCUGGCACGGCCACUCGGCACUCAGCAAGGCACAGAAUCUCAACGAAUUGAGAUUACCGCGUUGGAACAAGAGCGACGAUUGGGCCCCUUGGAAUUGUGUGUGUCUGACAGAGCGGGAGACCCGCGAUCACUACAAGAUCGAGGACAUCGAGAAGGUGUACGAUCCCAAGUUUGUUUUGCAUGUCAGCAAUCGUCACAUGUUGGCCCGAAGUCUGUUCCAAACGCUGGCAGCCGUGGCCAUCGAGUUCCAGGAGACGGGACAGUGGUGGAAGGUGGGCAUGAACAAGCAGCGCACCAGCAAUUUGGAUGCCAUCUAAAGGCAGUCUAUCAUU